AUGAUAACCUAUCAAUUAGCAUUCUUGGUCAAUGUCUCACAUUCUAAAAAGAAGAUUGUGCCAGUUUUGUACGUUUUUGGUGAUUCAACUGUAGACGCAGGAAAUAACAACAAUCUCAACACACUUGCCAAGGCAAAUGCAUUUCCCUAUGGCAUUGACUUCAAUAAUUGUUCCACAGGAAGGUUUAGCAAUGGAAAAACCUUUGCUGACCUUGUUGCUAUUAAAUUGGGUUUGCCAAUGCCACCUUCAUACUUGGGUGUGCCUAAGUCUGAGAGACACCAAGUAGUCACAGGAAUUAACUAUGCAUCAGGCUCUUGUGGAAUCUUGAAUUCAACUAGAUCAUAUCCAAAUGGAACCAAUAACAAUUUAAAUCCAGAAAAAUAUGCAGAUUACCUACUUGAACAACUAGCUUCACUUAUCAAGAAAAUUUAUGAUCUUGGAGCUCGAAAGUUUGUGAAAAGCCGCGUUUCCAGCGGGAUUGUCGCUGGAGAAGUUUGA